AUGGGCCUCCCAAUGGACGACAUACACGCCCCGACUGUGGGCUCCGGCCCAACAUCGCAGCCCACCGCAAAUGGCAUAGAGAAGAAGCAGUCCUUCCAGGAACUGAUGGCGAAGAAGGAGGAUCUCGAGGCCGAGUUGUCUGCGCUGGGAUCUGUACUGGACUCUCACGGCGUCAACAUGAACACUGGUCUGACCACUUUCGACGGCUACCCACGAGCAGAUAUCGAUGUUGCACAGAUCAGGACGACUCGUGCUAGGAUCAUCCGGCUGAAGAACGAUCUAAAGGAGGUCAUGAAGAAGCUUGAAGUUGCUGUGGAGGAGCACUUUGCUGCCGGAAAAGCUGUGCCCAUGACCAACGGGCAGAGUUCACAACAGAGGGCAGGAGGUGAGGUGAAUGGCAGCACCGUAUCUUCAAGCUCGACCAUCGAGCCUCCAUUCGCGAAGGUCAAUUCCGUGGCAGAAGACAGUCCGGCCGCGCAAGCUGGCAUGAGAGCAGGCGACAGAGUGACGAAGUUCGGUGCGGCGAACUACACGAACCAUGAGAGAUUGAGCAAGGUCGCGCAGGUGGUGCAGCAGAACGAGAACGCAAUUGCUACUGCCAAAGGUCACGUGUAG